AUUUCAUUAAGCUAUUUGAAGCCAACCUGUACAGACCCCAUAUAACUAAACACGAUGUCACAGAUCAAGGAGGAGACUCAGUGGCUGCGCUCUACGAUUCUUCCAAAGAUUCUAAAGAGCGGACGCUUGGUGGACAACUACAACGAUGCAAAGGCUGACACCUUCCAGGUGGGAGACAUCGAGAUCGACGUGAUUGGUCAUACGGAGGCCUUUAUGAUUACGACGUGCUAUCGGACAACGAUCAACUUUGAGUACGACGGCGAGAAGUUCCAGCGGAAGAUGGUCGUUAAGAAAACACCCCAGCUACCGCCACCCAUCUAUGAAUCUAUCCAGUUUGGAGCGCUUUUCACAAAUGAAAUCAACUUCUACACGCAAAUUCUCCCAGAGAUUCAAAGAUUGGCUGGCGGCAAAUUCGCAGCACCCAAGUAUUACUACAGUGAACUUAAUCCGUAUUCGGCGGUAAUCAUCUUGGAGAACUUCGCCGAGCAGGGAUGGCGGGUCACCAAGGAUCGGGUGGGUCUUAGCCUAGAACACGCUCUGAUAGCUGUAAAUUACCUGGGAAAGUUCCAUGGCUUCGCUUACGCCUUGAAGCACAAGUAUCCAGAGCGUUUCGCCCAGCUGACCAGCGGUCUAAGGGAAUCGCGAUAUGCCAGUGAUGAGAUGCAUCCGGAUUGGAAGUUAACUGGCGAGACAGCCAUCAAGCGUGCGGCCAAGGCGGUGACCACAUACCAGUCCCAGAUCUCUGAGGAGUUUGUCAAGCAGUUCAGCGAUUUGAUUUCGAACAGCACGAAGUAUGGCAGACAACGGGUGGCGCCCAUGGAACCUCUGGCCACUCUCUGCCACGGAGAUUAUGUAAGGAACAACGUGGCCUACCAGUACAAUGGCGAGGAGGAGCCGCAGGAGAUUAUGAUGUUCGAUUACCAAACGCUGCGCGUGUCCUCCCCCAUGAUCGACCUCUCGGUCUUUCUAGCCAUAUCCGUUUAUGCCGAUGUGCGGUAUCCAAAUUUUGAUGCCAUCUUUGAUGAAUAUUGCUCGGCAUUGAAUGACAGCUACAGGAAGCACGCCAAGGCAGAGGUUCCGGAGUCUAUGAGUCGGGCGGAGCUCCUGAAGGAGUACGUGCGCUUUCUGCCGUACAGUGUGUCCAUUUCGGCUUUCUUCCUCAUGACCCUCGUUGAGCCAAUGGACAUUUCGCCGCAGGAGAUGUUCGCCACACAGUUCACCCCAGAGGAGAUUAUAGACCGUGUAAUGACCCAGGGCGGUGAAUUGGUAGAUCGGGAGGUGGCUCACCAAAUUAAGGAAAUGCUGGAGCUGAGCCAAAAAUGUGGGGUCUCUAUAGAUGAUGGCAUUGAUGUUGACAAGUUGUCAAAUGCGUGAAUUGCAGAUA